CCAAUAUUAAAUUGAGUCUCUGCCUUAGUUCUUCUCUUCUAUCUCUGCCUCCGUCUCUCACUUCCCUAGGAGAAGCAAAGAAUUGCAGUCUGUAAUCUGUAUGUAGAUGCGUGCAUAUACAUACAUAUAUUCAGCUACCUAUAUUUUCUUCUAAUUUAGCCAACCGUUGAUUCUUGGAUGAUGCUGGCUUAGAUCCCCCUCUUUUCUUUUUGUUUCUCACUUGGGUGCUUGGUUAUUGCGCGUGCAAGCACUGUGAUGGCAUUCACUAGUACUGAUAAAAUCAGAUUGGCAGAUACAGUGUUCUAUUCAAUCUAGAAUUGGUUAGAUGGAGCAAGAUCAUCUGGACCUUGCGACCCUUGGAAAAACAGAUCAUAAUGAUAUUCAUGGUUCUUCAGUUGCCAGUCACCGAGAUAAUAUGAAGUAUGAGCCAAAAGAUUUGAGAAAUUCUGCACACCCUGCUUUUAAUCAGAAUCCUAUAGAUGUUACUUCUUCACCAGAACGAGAAGAUCAUAGCACAGACGAUGAGGAUAACCAAGGUGAAGAUGCUCAAAAGCAAUUGGUGCUUUACGAUCCUGCUGCAGUUGGUGCUGGCGAAAUUGAACUCGUCCCUGAUCCUCUUGAUUCUCAACCUCGAGGAAACUCCUUUCCAAAUUAUACAUCUAGAAUUUUGCCAGCUGUAGGGGCAUUUACCGUGCAGUGUGCUAACUGCUUCAAGUGGAGGCUCAUACCAACAAAGGAGAAGUAUGAAGAGAUAAGGGAACACAUAUUGGAACAGCCUUUCUAUUGUGAAACAGCCCGUGAGUGGCGUGCUGGAGUAUCAUGUGAUGAUCCACCUGAUCUUACUCAAGAUGGAAGUAGGCUCUGGGCUAUUGAUAAGCCUAAUAUUGCUCAGCCCCCUCCUGGGUGGGAACGUCUUUUAAGAAUCCGAGGUGAAGGAGGCACCAGGUUUGCUGAUGUGUAUUAUGUUGCGCCAUCAGGCAAAAGACUUCGUUCUAUGAUUGAAAUUCAAAAGUAUUUGCAGGAACACCCGGAGUAUGUAGCAGAAGGUGUAAGUAUGUCCCGGUUUUCAUUUCAGAUCCCAAGACCUCUGCAGGAAAACUAUGUUAGGAAGCGGCCUUAUCGUCCAGCACUUGCACAUGAUGAAGAUGAUCCUG